UCAAGUUAGCUGCGCUGUCAUCAAUCAGCUGUUCAGUUACAUUCUCUUGUCACAUUAUGCCAAAAGUGUAAUUAAGUCUAUAAUUUCAACAUAAAUCUCAUAAUGAUUAGUUUUUGACUGAAUUAUAUAGAAAAAUUAUCAUGGAACUACAAGAUAUAUUUUAUAAUAAACAGGAAUACGUAGAAACGGCGUCAGGCAACAAAGUGAGCCGGCAGACUGUGUUGUGUGGUUCACAAAAUAUAGUUCUGAAUGGCAAAGUGAUCGUUCAGUCGGAUGCUAUAAUUCGUGGUGAUCUGGCCAAUGUUCGAACAGGGCGAUACUGCAUAAUUAGUAAGAAUGCAGUCAUUCGACCUCCAUUCAAAAAAUUUAGUAAAGGAGUUGCGUACUUUCCACUGCAUAUGGGAGAUAAUGUCUACGUUGGCGAAAACUCAGUUGUAAAUGCUGCAGCUGUUGGUUCUUACGUUUUCAUAGGAAACAAUGUUGUCAUUGGCAGGCGAUGCAUAUUGAAGGACUGCUCGAUGAUUGAAGACAACACAAUUCUGCCCCCUGAAACGGUAGUCCCACCCUUCACCAAGUACAGCGGGUCACCGGGACUGUGCGUAGGAGAGUUGCCUGAGUGCACACAAGACAUCAUGGUCGAAUUCACCCGAAGCUACUAUCAGCAUUUUGUUCCAUUUCCCCAGCCUGAUAAACAAGUGGCAAAAUGACAUUCAUAAUUCAUAAUUCAUAACAUUCAUAAUUCAGCUGCGUCAAAAUGAACAUUCAAGUCUAAGCACUGUAAACAUUCAUAAUUCAGCUGCAAAAAACAUAAAAUGAUUCACAGCUUAAUUUCUGUACAUAACUGAUAAACACUCAUCAUAUUAAUAUUGUAUUGUUCGAAUUUAAUUUCAAUAAUUUAUAAGAAUAAAAUAAUCUAAGAUUUUGUCAAUAA